CCCAGCAGUGCUCGGAAAUGAACAUGAAUGAAUGAAGAGUUGUAGAACUGGGGAUAAGCAUAGAUAUUAGAAGAAUUAGAAGAUACAGCUAGUAUGGCCGAUACUAUUAGGCACAAAGGCGACAAUGACAGGGGAUCAGAUACUCCUAUCGAGGGUCGCAGAAAAAUCAGUCAAACGCUUCAAAACAAUUACUCAACCGACCAACAGAUGGUCAAAUGCCGAAAUAGUAAUUGCAAUAAAAUUGCAGAAACCGCCGAUGCUAAAAAGUUGUACAAAAACUGUCACAAUUGUAGCUAUAUGUAUUGCUCACGCGAAUGUCGCAGAGCUCAUUGGGAAAAACAUCGAAAAUUUUGCCUUCAUUCUCGAGUUUCCACACUUUGCCGGCACGUUAUUAAUUCUGCGAAAGAUGAUGAAAUGUCUUUACGUCACAUUUCACUGAUGGCAAGACAAGGUUACGAGACUCAUGGGCGAGGAGUCGUCAAGCUCACGUUCAAAAGUCCCGAAAGCGCCGAAUGUUUUGUUAAAAAUGGGUUUCAAAAAAUCGGAGAUCUCAAGUAUAUUAAAUGGCCAGAUUUGGUUCCUGCUGAAAUGGGUUCUGAAUUAUACUCCGAAUUACUACGAUUGUGCACUGCCUAUGAACCCUUAAAUAAGCUCGUGCUUUAUGUUAGCGUGUGCGUAGUUUCUGAGGCUCCAGGCUCUGGUGCUGUUAAAUGGGAAAGGCAGCUUGUAUCUAGAUGCGCUAAACUGAGGUUGGCGAAAAGCGUAAUCAGCGAGACCAUUGCCAAAAAAAACAGCGAGGAAUCGGCAAACGAACCAGAAACUAUAAUAUUUACCCCACUUUCCGGUGACGGUGCAUCACAAAAAUUGCGAGAGUUGUUUGUAGAAAAUAUACAUAGGCACUUGCGAAGAAAAGGAGUUAAUCUGCGACGUCACUUUCCAGAAAUUCACUCGAAAUUGAGUUCUUAUGCGGAUGUUGGUGGCGAUAGAUUUGCCCCAUUGACCAUCCAUCCGAAAGAUGAGUGUAGCGGCAAAACUUUUAUGUGCAUCAUUAUGCCAGUUGUUGACCGCGAGAAAUUAAGUGAUUUGCCUGUGGAUAGAGCUAGAAUCAAAAUUGUUGAUAUUAGUUUAAAGCAAGAAAAUGAAGCGCCGUCGACUGUGUGAAUUUUCAUCUGAAACUUACUAAGUGAUCCGCAUCCUUAUUAUUAAGCGUAUGACUAUACUCGUUUUUUCUUCGUACAAAGUAGGAUAUGUUGUUUUUUUGCUACAUUAAUUUAUAUAAAUUGAAUAAGUUUUGAUAUUGCCAUUUAUGUGAGGCA